UUUUCUAUCAUGUCUGCUGAAGGCACUAUCCCUACCUUCAAACUCGUUCUCGUUGGUGAUGGAGGUACUGGCAAGACCACCUUUGUCAAGCGCCACUUAACUGGUGAAUUCGAAAAGAAGUACAUCGCCACCCUCGGUGUCGAAGUCCACCCCUUGUCUUUCUCCACCAACUUUGGCACCAUAUGCUUUAACGUCUGGGAUACUGCCGGCCAGGAAAAGUUCGGUGGCCUCCGAGAUGGAUAUUACAUCCAGGGGCAGUGUGGAAUCAUCAUGUUCGACGUCACUUCGCGAAUCACAUACAAGAACGUUCCCAACUGGCAUCGCGAUCUCGAGCGAGUCUGUGAAAAUAUCCCUAUUGUGCUUUGUGGCAACAAAGUCGAUGUCAAGGAGCGAAAAGUGAAAACUGGUGCUGUCACCUUUCACCGCAAGAAGAACCUCCAGUACUUUGAAAUCUCCGCCAAAUCCAACUACAACUUUGAGAAGCCUUUCUUGUGGCUUGCGAGGAAGUUGGUUGGUAACCCAACUCUAGAGUUCGUUGCUGCACCUGCUCUUGCACCUGCCGAGGUGGCUAUUGACACGGCUCUUAUGGAGCAAUACAACAAGGAAUUGGAACAGGCCGGAGCCGUGCCCUUGCCCGAAGAAGACGAUGACCUGUAAUUUGUACGCUGACGCAUUUUGUACCUGUGUUCCCCAACUUCUUUUUUAAACAAUUACAACACCCUACAUUCUUGUUACCGUUAUAUGGAACGCCCAGUUGAUUUCUCAAACAUUGUACAUUCCUUGCUCGAGACAGUUCCCGACGUGGAGUUAUUUGGCUUGAUUAGAAGAAAUAUGGAUGCGUGGCAAUGAACUGGUAUGAGAAAGGACCGAUAUGGUCUAUGAAGAGUGAUAUGGGCAUUACAGGUCUCCCAUGAUGCUUGCAUAGUUGUCUUCCCAGUCUUGGGUCGGAGAAGCGGGCCGUACUAAUGGAUGAUGAACCUUUGGAAGAUUCUUACAGCUGAACGAAUAAAGAACUUACCUUGGAUUGGUGGAGGUAGUGAUGAAGGUGGUGGUUGAGCAGGAAGAACGUUCUGCGUUGCAGGUGGAGAUGUCACUGUUACUUUGGAAGGAGGACGGGUUCCA